AUGGAGCCCCUUAGAAGUCGUUGGAAGAGGAUUAAUGCAAGUGUUUCAAAGUUUGUUGGAGCAUAUGCUCAUGCUGAGGCAAGGAGAACAAGCGGUCAAUUUGAUGAUGAUGUUAUGAAGACUGUAUUUGCCAUAUACAAGAGUGACUCAAAGAGACAUGCAGAGUUUCAAGACAAGCAUUGUUGGGAAAUUCUAAGGGGGGUAGACCAAUGGAAGCCCAUAGGGAGUACUGUCAAGAAAUGCAAGAAGAAGACGACAACUCAAGAAGGUGGCUCUAAGAGGAUUCAAAUUAAUGAAGAUGGUAACUUCUCCACUUCAAAUGACCAAAAUACAACAACCAGUGGUGAUGUAGGUUGUUCCUUCCAGCCUCCUAAUGAUGGGUCUGUAAAAAAUAAAGGUAAGGGUAAGGGAAAAAUUAUGAACAUGCCUCCAGAGGCAUUUCAACAAUGGGUGGAUUCAGUAUCUGAGAUGAAUUUGUCAAGGACAAGUGAAACUGAAAUGGAACUUGCUAGGCUAAAACAUGAUAGAGAUAUCGAAAGUGAAAGCGUACAGCCAGAGAGAGAGAAGGUAUUAGUGAAACAGAUUAAUUUGGAGUUAUUCAAAGUCCUUUCAUCAAAGGCAUACCUAACAGAAGAAGAAGAAGAGGAAUUGAAAAAUAAUCUUGUUAAGGUAUUAUUUCCAUGA